AUGACUCGGUCGGGUGCAGGGAAUCGCUUUAGACAGCGAAAACUGUCAACGAAGCAGUCCCUGGCCGUCCUACGAGAGAAUCAAAUCGACUCUGUAGACGACGAUGCGCAAAGAAAUAUUCCACCGAUAGAGACGGGCGUUGAGCGUCAAGAAGAAAUCGAGCACCAUCUUCAAGCUGCUAUAUCAGCCUCACAAGCCGCCGUUGUUGGCGCGAAAGUUACACAAAUCUUUAUUCCAACCCCCAACACUGCUGAAAUCGAAGCUCGGCACUAUGAAUCGCUCUAUCCACGGCGGUUUGACCGACCGGCGAGCUACAUUCGGUUUUCCUCCACAGUUGAGGACUGUAGUGGUGUCGCAUACUGUGUAUCAACUGAAGAUGAAAAAUACCUUGAGAAACUAAAUGCAAUAACUAAACGUCCUAAUGGGGCCCAAUGCAAGGUCAAUGAUUUUGAACUCAUUAUGGACCAUUUUGAGAAAACUGCUUUGCAAAGGCAGCCAUAUUUAUCGAUGGAUGUCUCAACUAUUAUUUCAUAUGAAGAAAUAGAGACUACCUUUGAUGGUAUUAUUAGUGAUAAGUUAAGGAUAUUUGCAAAGCACAUAUAUCAGCAUUGGAAAGACACAAAGGUUGCCCGAGAAGGGCGUGCUAUCAUUCCCGUACUGAAGUUUGAGCAAGGAAAUGAAAAGGAUGACGGCGACCCAUACGUUUGUUUUAGACGACGUGAAGUUCGACAGGUCCGAAAGACCCGAAGAACGGAUGCUCAAAGCACCGAUAAGGUUAAGAAACUUCGGCAAGAACUUGAUACUGCACGGAAUCUUGUCAAAGAUGUCUUGCAGCGUGAGACUAUGCGUAAGACUGGCUUCGCAUACGAAGCUUCGAUAUUUGAGCACCGGCGUACGUUAAUUGCAACAAAACGAAAACUGGGUAUCAGAGGGGACGACGAAGAUCUUAUACCUGCAAAGCCAUCAUCUACACAGCCGAAGAAACCACGACCAGUCGAUUCAACAUCCAGCACCCGGAUACCUGGGCGCCAGGAUGGGAAGCCGCCUGAGGCAGAUCUCCGGCAGCUAUCAAAUUUCAAGCUCGAUAAGGAGAAGCAAAGAGCAGAACGUCACCUCGAAUUGAAGAACUCGAGGACUGUUCCUAAAUAUAACAUUAUUGACUUGACUUCGGAUGUACUUUUUGAGAACGAAACCCCCAAAUUAACAGGACCCAAUGCUGCGUUUUGUGCAGUACAAACAUAUUUCCUCCCAAGCCCUCCAGCAUCAGCUGACUCUAUGGAUUCUUCUCCGGAGUCAAGCCCGAGCCAUCAACAAGCUCAGAGGCACAUCUCAGUUAUACAAGCCUCUCCUAAAAAGGCGCCUAUGAGAAAUCUUCCUACCUUCCGUCGAAGAGUGGGGCGUGGCGGACGCGUUCGGAUUGAUAGAAGGUUACCAGCAUUUGAGCCACUCCCUGAUGUGGAAGAAAUUGUUUGGGAUCGUAUGAAGUACGAUCGAGAAGAAGAUUGCUAUCCCCAAGUGUAUGAUGUGGACAUUAACAACGACACUAACAUACAAUUUCGAGCGCGAAUGCUCUCGCCGCCACCCGAAACUCAAUCAUAUCACCCACAUCAUCGUAGAUCAAUUAUGGGAUCCUCCGCAAUGCCCCAAGGAAAUCAAGGCCUGACCAUCAAUACACAGCAAGCGCAAAUGAUGAAUGUCCAUCCAGGCAUGUCGAGCGCCCAGCUGCUACAACAACAGUCGCCAUACCAGCAAUCCCCACAGCAUGCACAACAUCGUAUUCCCAAUGGCCAGCAAUACCCAAUGAUGACGACCCAACAUGCCCAUCCAGCACCUCAGGCCAUGAUGGUAAACGGUCACGGCUCGCCCGGGCUCCCUCCCAAUACCAAUAGCAAUCAAGUUCGGCGCUAA